ACUGGAAUGUCCCCUUCCUGCUGAAGAGAAUGCGGAAGCAAGAAUAGGACCAAAUGGGAAAGGGCAUUUUCAUCUCUUUCUAGUCACAGACCCGGGUAAAAUCCAACAUAUCUACAGCAUUGUAACUGUGGUUCUGCUACAUUCCGCUCGCUGUUUACAAGCUAUCAAUUGUAGAUGUUAAUAGGUGGUGGAAAUGGAGCGCGGAGACGCAUCGUCCACUAACGCAGACUGGAUGUCUCAACUGCCAGAGGAACUGUGGGGUACACCGCUUUGGGACCUGGCGAUACCCGGGAGUCAUGACAGCAUGAGUUACUGCCUGGAUACACACUCUCCUGUCUUGGGUUCUGAGUCGUUCAUGCUGCAGUUUCUGGAUCGACUGGCGCCCUGCAUUGUACGCCCCUGUGUCUACCGCUGGGCCACCACACAGGCGUGGAGUAUUCCUGAACAGUUGGAUGCAGGAAUCCGGUUCUUCGAUCUACGGAUCGCCCAUAAAACCAUUAAAAAUACACAAGACUUUCUAAAAACACACAACACAGAUGACACGCUGUACUUCGCACACGCAAUUUAUACGCUACAGACUGUAAAGGAGGCCCUGUCAACCAUGGCUGUGUGGUUGGAGCAGCACCAGAAGGAGGUAGUGAUCCUGUCCUGUUCCCACUUCUACCUGCUGACGGACUCUGAGCACCAGGCCCUGGUCUGCUACAUCACUCAGCUGUUUAAAGAGAAACUCUGCCCCCCACAGGAGACUCCCUAUCUGAGCCAGUGCUGGGAUCUGGGGCAGCAGGUCAUAAUUUCGUACGACGAUGAGACGAUUCUUCACCAACACAAGGAACUGUGGCCUAAGAUCCCUUACUGGUACGCUGACUCGGCAGACCCCAAAGAGGUAAUUUCUUACCUGGAAGAGCAGCAGAAGGCCCAAGGAAGAGCAGCUCAUUUCUUCACCUCUGGGCUGAACCUGACUGAGGAUACUGCUGUGGUGGUCUGCAACCCCUGUCUGACGAUGAGGAAGUUAACGAUGAAGAGUUUCUCCCUGCUGCUGGACUGGGUGGAGAAGCAGACUCCUGGACCAAACCAGACCGCUGUCAACAUCAUCUGUGGAGACUUUGUGGGUCUGAACCACUUUGCCUCUGUGGUUAUCGGGCUCAAUAAGAAACUGCUGAAGACAGAGAGCCACAGAUGACAGGGGACGGAGUGAGAAAGAGACCCACAGAUAAACAUGCACAGAAUCCCAAAUGGCUUCUAGCUCCUUCUCCCUAUGCAGUUGUGGAGAUCUGAGAGGUUUGGUUAGGUGUAAUCAACAUGGUACUCUGAUACACUAGAUCAGGGGUGUCAAACUCAUUCCAUGGAGGGCCUACUGUCUGUGGGUUUUUGGUUCUUCCUUUCAUUUAGACCUAGUCAACCAGGUGAGGGGAGUUCCUUACUAAUUUGGGAGGAGCAAAAACCCACACACUCGGCCCUCCGUGGAAUGAGUUUGACACGUGCACUACUAGAUCAUAGGAAUGAGUUUGACACGUGCACUACUAGAUCAUAGGAUUGAGUUUGACACGGGCACUACUAGAUCAUAGGAAUGAGUUCCCAUGUUUCCCUAUGUCUACCUACAGCACAGGGUGCCAGGUUUACUGUGUUGAUAAUGAGUAUGAUGGAUACAAUGAGACAUUAUAAAGUGAUGCCACAGGAGAUGAGUUUCAUCAGAUGUUUAUCCUUUAUUUUCUAUAUGCAAAUACACUACAUGCAGGGGCAAAUACAUAAAUGUCUAUUGAA